AUGAUUUCUGCUGCUUUGUCGACUGCUUCUUCGAUAAUCGCUGUUAUUUCAUCGACCAUCCAUGUAGAUCUGUUAGAGAGAAAGUCGCGAAAAAUCGCACUGGAUUUUGAAAUUGGAGGAAGGGGGAUAUCAGUGAUAACUGGCCUCGUCUGUUAUCUGAUAGCAUUGGGAAUCGCACACAGCGGGGAUUCUGUCAUCAAACUAGCAAUGACCAAUUUUGGCGUUUGUGGCGGCCCCAUUCUCGGCCUUUAUACCGUCGCUUUCUUCAGCAAACACCGGAAGAAUGUUAUGAGGUGUCAUUUGAUGUCUGCCGUCUACCUCGUGGUCGGCGCAGUCGCCAUUCUUGGCGCUGUACACUUGUUCCACGCAAAUGACGAGCUUGGGCUGACCAAGAGGUCUUCAUCGUCGUAUGAUGAUACUCUCGUGCGUCUCGGCCACAGAAGCGAGGAAACUUCUGACUUCGACGAUCGAAUUGAAAAGGAGCACGAUCUCAGCUUCAGGAUCAAUGAAAUGUUAGACCAGGUCAUCGAACUCGAGGCACUCAAAACGCACCACUUUGAUGCUAUGCUAAAACUGAUAAGUAACGCUCAAGAACAGCACAAGAUUGACCCACAUAGAGCAGAAGCGAUUAAAUCAAAAGUGAGAACGAGUAAACUUUUGUGGUCAAAAACAUCGACGACAACUACCACUACUACUACCACGAAAAGCACGAAAGCACCUACUAUCAAUUCACCUGUUGAUAAAGCCGGAUUUCCUCCUAUAGGAGCUGCCGUUGCCCAAGUCCCUGCUGUGCCCGCCGUUCCCGCUGUCGCUCAAAGAGGACCUCCCCAGAAAACAACACCAUCACCUGAACAGCUCAAAAUGCGCGAAGAAGCGGAGAAACUUGUCCCGAAGCCUUCCAUGAACCCAUUCCGGCCUGUCACAUCGUCGAUCGAGGAUGACGCCAAGUUCAUGAAGCUAUUCAAUGACAAGAGACGUUUCAUGUACGCCGAGCGAGAAAAGAUUGAGGAAAAGAAUUUCCAGGGUAUGAAAAACAAAGCCAGGGUCGCUGCUGAUCAGAGAUACAAGGUCUUGCUCGAAAAUAGAAAAGUAGAUGAAAGCUACAAACCGGCGAAGCCACCAGCAGCUGGGGCGAAAUUCGAUCCCCAAAAGCGUGAAUGGACGAUCACCGACCGACCCACUCCAACUCCUGGGCCUCCAACGACGACGACGCAGAACCCCCUGACUGAUGAUGAUUUAACAAAAGUAAGAGAACAAAUCCAACUGAUAAACGAUCAGGCAGCUCAUGGGCCGUACUCAAAGGACGCUGGGGAAUACUAUGAUAACAUAUUCCUGAUUCAAGUGCAUUCUCGUACUGAUUUCACUAAAUUCUUUUUGGAAACUGUUUCGAAGCAGCCGAAUCUUUCAAAAUCCAAGAAUCUCAUCGUGAUUUCCCAUGAUAUCUGGCGCGAGGACAUGAACUUCCUGACCCAAAACAUCGCUGACUCUGGACUGGACAUUCCAUUUGUAAACAUCUUCUUUCCUAAAUCCGUUCUCUUCUACAAAAAUGAAUUCCCUGCCUCUUCACCUGAGGAUUGUCCAGUAAAAAUCGGCUACGAUGGAGCGCAAGAGGCAAAAUGCCAAAAUCGAGAGUGGUUUGACACUUUCGAUAACUACAGAGAGCCUCAUAUUGUUAAUAUCAAACAUCAUUGGUGGUGGAAAUUGAAUUUCGUGAACCAAUACUUUAAAUUUGGUUAUUUGAUCCUUGUCGAAGAAGAUCAUGCGUUAUCUGAAGAUGCUCUUCACGUUCUCGAUCUCAUGAAAGACAUCAGAGUUGAGAAGGGAGCUGACUUGAUCGCCCUUGGACACUACACGAACAAUUUAAAACUUGGGACGAAGCUAUCAAAAACACCUCCAGAGCAAGUUAAAGUGGAAGAGUGGUUCUCUGGCGCUUACAACAUGGCGAUGGCAGUUUCAAAACGAUGGGUUGAUGAUGUCAUCGCCAUGGCCUACGACUUCUGUGCCUAUGAUGACUAUAACUGGGACUGGACGCUUCUUCACCUGUCAAGAGAGAUUCUAACACAACAACCAGGAAAACAGCCUUGGAAAGUCAUGGUUCCUAUUUUGCCUAGGUCACAGCAUCUGGGAAUUACUGGCUGUGGAGUUCACUUUACAAAAGGUGGCUGCAACUUCGAAAACAUCAAAUCCAUGUUCGAAAAAGACCAAGCCGUCCUGAUGAAUUCUGGGAAAAUGUUUCCCCAAAGUCUCACUGUAGCCAGUCUGGCGAAGAAAAAAUCAAGUUCCAUCACCAGAAAUGGAGGAUGGGGCGACCUUCGAGAUAUUCUUAUGUGCCUUGAGUACCCGAAAAAUGCCCUUGAUAUUGAUAUGUCUUUUCUUGAAAAGAUUAAGAUAUAA